AUGGUUCGGCUAUUGCUCGACCGUAGCGGAUAUCGAGUCUAUGCUGCUCAUAAGGAUGGUCAACUAGCUCUGAGUUUCGACCCUGCUGGUGUGGGAUUCUUAAAUGCCUACCCAAGCGGGAAAACCUUGCUGUCGACGACAUCUGAUGGGAAUGGCUUGUUGUUUGACAUUGGGACUGGUGCCAUUGUCCGACAAUGGGAUACCAAGGGAAAUCUUCGCGAUGGCACGUGCCAACCAGCUGAUGCUCUGGGAAGUGAACCUGACGGCUCCCUGUUGUGCCGAUUGAGCGAGCAACUUGCUGUUCGCCGAGAAACAACGAGUCCGAUCGCGCUACGCAUUAAUUUCGCAGGAGCAACAGGGAUUCGCCACGUAUUCUUAAAUUCUGCUAACCGUGCGGAACCCUGUAACGCAGAUGCUUGUGACUAUGCACUUGGUAAAGCCUCAUCAAAAGAAGACAUGGCUAAGGCUGCCAAACAAAAGCCACCGCCUAUGGAGCACACCGAUUUGCUAAGUAGUAUUCGCGCUGCAGUUGCUGGUCUGUAA